CGUACUGUUACCAAAUGGAUGGAGGCCACUCUUUGGCACUACAGCCUUGUUCUUGAUAAUGACAGCCAAUCCAAUGCUUAAUUCAACGCCAGCUUAAAGCCCUCAAUUAUUGCCACUUUAAUCCUGGAGAGAAGCCGGAUGCUGUGGCUACAAGAAGAUCCCUGUCAGUUAAUUUCCAGAGGUGUGCAUAGGUUCCUCGUUGUUGCUUGAUCUAAUCGCGCUGCGCCAUGGCCGGAGAUGACGAAGACGAAGGCGAAAUGGCGGCGUUGCGGGAGGCUCUGCGGCAGCAGAGUCUUGCCGUCGAGAUGCUCAAGGCCGAGCUGGAGGAGGAGAGGCAGGCGGCGUCGUCGGGGGCCGACGAGGCGCUGGCCAUGAUCCUGCGGCUGCAGGGCGAGAAGGCGGCGGUGCGGAUGGAGGCCGACCAGUUCCGGCGGGUGGCGGAGGAGAGGAUCCUGCACGACGAGGACUCCCUGGCCUUCCUCAAGGCCGUCGUCUUCAGCCAGGAGAUGGACAUCACCUCCCUCAAGAACCGCCUGCUGGUCGUCUGCGGCAGCAACGGUCCCCACGCGCCGCCCCCCGGCCGGGACGGCGUCGUCGACCUCCCCUGGCUAAGGAGGCUGGCCCAGAAAGACGUAUCCUCGGGGAGGAACGCCUCUCUCCCGGCGGCGCGGCUCGAGGAGCUGUCCUCGGAUUUCGAUGCCGCCGAGAGCGUCGGCGACAGCAGGCCGGCGAGGACGGUGUCGGACAUCGGGGAGGUGAUCCGGAGGGAGAAGGAGUGGGUGCGGUCCAACGUGAGCCACCAGGCGUUGCCGCCGAGGCUGCACCGGUCGUCCUCCCACCGUCUCCCGCGGGCGCCGAGCUACUCGGCGCAAUGCGCCAUGCCCAAUGUCCACGACAAGUUUGAGGCGCCGGAGAGCGUCGCGUCCCAUGCCCCUCCGAGAUCCAGCAGGAGGUCGUCGCCGGAGAUAAUCUCCGAAGAAGACGACGUGAUCUCGUCGUCGACGCGGCGCGGUGACUGCAACGGCCCCAAUCCAGGAGACGAGCACGCAAACGGCGCCAUUGCCGAUCUGGGAGCCGGCAUUGAUGAGAUCAAAUCCAGCGUGCAGACCCUCGCGACCGAGCUCGGCAGAAUGAGGGAAAACAGCAUGUCCAGAGGCGACGCGCAGAUGCACGUGCUGGCCGAGAUCUGCGCAAAGCUCGACGCCAUGAGGCCCAUGGGCAUCAGCAAGCAACAGAAUGUUGUUCAUGGAGGCAAGAAACACUCCAUCAGAGAAGUAGGCAGUUCUUCUUCCAAGGGGCCGGUGGCUCUGCCACAGAGUGAGCUUCUGAUGAACCAUUUCAUUGAGGUAUGUGCCAUGAUCUCCUCUGCUCUGCUUGCUAGGCCCUUGGCCAAGGUUGCUGCAUCCAUGUCACUAUUUAGGUGCUUCCUCGUUUUCGUUCUAGCAGUUUUUCUACUGUAUAAGCAACGCAACCCGCUGUGGUAGACGUCAAAGCUUUUCCCUCCCAAUUUCCAUUCCUUCACUUUUUUGACAGUUAUUUUUGUAAUAAAAGACGUCCCUAUGAGACAAUGCUGAAACAAGAUCGGCUUUCUGUUCUUGCUGUCCUGAAGAAAUAUUGCAGAGUAUUUUUACCAUGGCCAAUUUACUAUUGACACUGAAAUUUGUGACGGUGAGUCAACUGUACUUCUUUUGACCAUUUGUUUUCAAAGAAAUACCCGAGAAUAUUUUUGUCCAAAUUAAUCACUACAAGAGGCGUGUUAUGUAUUUCUCUCUCUCUCUCUCUCUCUCUCUCUCUCUCUCUCUCUCUCUCUCUUCUAUUCAUGGUCUCUUUGAUUUGCAGAAAUAUGAUUGUAAUGUCAUGACCAUCUGGAUCUUAUAGGAUUUUGGUUUGUUCGAUAGCAUCACAAAAAAGAAAAUGAUUCUUAUCAAGACAUUUGAGUGGAUGCUAAAAUCCUAUGAAACGUAGUACAUAUGAAUUUUUAUAGAAUUCAAUCAUAUGAAUCAAACGAUCAAUGUAGGAAAAAUUCCUAAGCACUGUAAUCCUCUCAAAUUUCUAUGAGAAUCGUUUGAAUCAAAAAGGCCCUCGUGUGUGAAACGUAUGCUUGUUACUACUACUCCAUACCACCUUGAAUUGCAUCAUGUGGAGGACACAAACUCCCUAAAGAGUGUUCUUUUCUUUUAUCAGGUUUUUAUUUGCUCAUUUCAAUAAGUACUUCUUCUAAUUAUCU